AUCGAUCGAUCGUCAUCAGAGAUCCACGGAGACGAAGCUAGAGAGAGAGAGAGAGAGAGAGAGAGAGAAAAGCUCAGAAUGUCAGGAUGGGAUGAGGGAGCGGUGUUCUACAGCGAUCAGGCCCAGUUCCCCCGCGGCGGCGGAGAUCCCGACACCGGUAGCCGCAAGUUCAAGGAGUUCAUCCGCAGCUUCUCCGGCCACAAGGGAGAUUUCCCUUACCGCGAGAGUCUCGUUCACAAUCCUGAGCAUCUCACUGUAGCCAUGGAAGAUCUCGAUGCCUUUGAUGCCGAUCUCUCUGAUAAGCUCCGAAAGCUCCCUGCUGAUUACUUGCCCAUGUUUGAAACUGCAGCAGCCGAGGUUCUUGCAAGUCUCAGAUCGAAGGUGGCCAACGAGACGGGUGAAAUGGAGGAACCCGACACGGGAGAUGUGCAAAUUUUUUUAUCCUCUAAAGAGAAUUCAGUUUCUAUGCGAUCUAUUGGGGCAGAGUAUAUGUCAAAGCUUGUAAAGAUUGCUGGGAUUACUAUUGCUGCUUCUAGAGUCAAGGCAAAGGCAACUUAUGUGACUUUGAUGUGCAAGAAUUGUAAGAGCAUCAAGACGGUAGCUUGCAGGCCUGGGCUUGGAGGUGCAAUUGUUCCGAGAUCUUGUGACCAUGUUCCUCAGGCUGGUGAAGAGUCUUGCCCUUUAGAUCCUUGGAUUGUGGCUCCUGAUAAGAGCAAGUAUGUUGAUCUCCAGACACUCAAAUUGCAGGAAAAUCCAGAGGAUGUUCCAACUGGGGAGUUACCUAGGAAUAUUCUUCUCUCGGUAGAUCGACACUUGGUUCAAACUAUUGUUCCAGGCACGAGAUUGACAGUUAUGGGGAUUUAUAGUGUUUUCCAAGCUUCUGCAUCCCAGAAAGGAGCAGUUGGAGUUAAACAACCUUACAUUAGAGUUGUAGGGAUGGAGCAAGGUCGCGAAACAAACUCCAGUGGACCUUCCACCUUCACACUAGAUGAGGAGUUGGAAUUUAAAGAAUUUGCUCAAAGACCUGAUGCUUAUGAUAAAAUAUGUUCUAUGAUGGCACCAUCAAUAUAUGGUCACGCUGAUGUCAAGAAAGCUUUAGCCUGUCUGUUAUUUGGGGGGUCAAAGAAGAGUUUACCAGAUGGUGUGAGACUGAGAGGGGAUAUCCAUGUCUUGCUGUUGGGUGAUCCUUCCACGGCAAAAUCACAGUUCCUCAAGUUUGUGGAGAUGACAGCUCCUAUUGCAGUUUAUACUUCCGGCAAAGGUUCAUCUGCUGCUGGUCUCACUGCUUCUGUGAUUCGUGACAACAGUUCACGUGAAUUUUAUCUGGAAGGUGGGGCCAUGGUUUUGGCUGAUGGAGGUGUAGUCUGUAUUGAUGAAUUUGAUAAAAUGAGACCUGAAGACAGAGUUGCCAUCCAUGAAGCUAUGGAGCAGCAAACUAUUUCAAUUGCGAAAGCAGGAAUAACUACAGUACUCAACUCAAGGACGUCUGUGCUUGCAGCAGCUAAUCCUCCAUCUGGCCGCUACGAUGAUCUCAAGACUGCCCAGGAUAACAUCGAUUUGCAAACUACAAUUCUUUCUAGAUUUGAUUUAAUCUUCAUUGUGAAAGAUAUGCGAUUGUACGAUCAGGAUAAGAGAAUUGCUAGCCAUAUUAUAAAAGUCCAUGCCAGUGGAGCUGCAGCUUCCAAAAACUCAGAUGGUAUGGAAAGUGAAAACUGGCUCAAAAGAUACAUCAAAUACUGCCGGGGUAGCUGUCACCCAAGGCUAUCUGAAAAGGCUGCUGAAAUGCUGCAGAAUAAAUAUGUGGAGAUCAGACAGAGAAUGAGGCAGCAGGCUCACGAAACUGGAAGAUCUGCUGCAGUUCCUAUUACGGUGAGGCAGCUCGAAGCUAUAAUAAGGCUGAGUGAGUCUCUUGCAAAGAUGAGGCUGACUCUUGUUGCUACUCAAGAACAUGUUGAAGAGGCAUUCAGAUUGUUCAAUGUUUCCACAUUGGAUGCUGCUCGAUCUGGAAUCAAUGAGCAUCUGAACUUGACUCCUGAGAUUGCAAAUGAGAUUAAGCAAGCUGAAACACACAUAAAAAGAAGAAUGGGCAUCGGUAGUCACAUAUCAGAACGUCGUCUAAUUGAUGACCUUAGCAGAAUGGGAAUAAAUGAGUCUAUUAUAAGGAGAGCUCUACUUAUUAUGCAUCAGAGAGAUGAAGUGGAGUACAAGCGAGAAAGGCACGUCAUUGUUCGCAAAGCUUGAUGUGCUAUGUUAUGACUUGCGACCCUAAAGCGAAACAUUAGGAUGAUAAGGGAUCACGUUGCCAUAUUUAGAUCAGCAUUUCUCCAUUGUGAGAUUCAAAUGUUUUCCAUUAUCCGCAGGGAUGAAUUCAGUAAAGAAGCUUAUCUAGCGUAUAUUACUUAUUGGAGUUAUACCAGUGUUGUUAUGCCUCCCAAUAUUUAGCAGAAGAGGACUAAGCUGGACCGUAACCAGUGUUUGCCUUCACUUGGCGAUGAAUCAUCUUGAUUUCUAUGUUGGAUGAAAUAGUUGUCAUUCUUGCGCAAUAUACUGACUGUAACAUUAGGACAUGUAUGGACUUGAAUAUGUCAAUGUUACCAGAGAUCAUCCCUCGUAAAUCUACAUUAAGAUAAAAAUCUUGAAGACUGCAAUCUUUCCUCUUUGUCUUAUUUCAUGCAUCAGGAGGUGCUUUUGUGUGCUCA